GAUUAAGACCCCUAUGUGUAAUACAUCAACAGAAACGACUAUAUAUUAUUACCAGCAUUGUUAAGUAUGGUAUAGUUUAUAUUUGUCAUAUCCCUCGGAUAUCAGUAUCAAAUAUACGAUUAACGAUAAUGAUCAAAUUUUCAGAUAACUGGACAUAUUGAAGUUGAAUUACUAAAGUAUUACUCUGAGACGCCCAGUCCUGGGUCCUAGGCUAUCGUUUUAGCUAACACUUUCGACUUUGACCAGAACGGGAAAACAACUUUGCAAUUUGCAAGGGAACAUUUGGUGAUAAGCAGCUGCGAAAUUAAAAGUCAUUCUCAUUAAGUAGCGAGCUCGUAUCCAGUGUAGCCAGUGGCACAUUCUAAAUGGUAACAUCAUGAAUUCUAGCUGACAAAUAUAGUUUUCGUAAAAAUAGGAACUAGAAUCUAAGACCUAAUCAGGGGUAAUCAAUCAAAGAUAAAUAAUAAAGAAACAAUUAGAGAUUAAAAAGAUAUACCAUCACGGAAAUUGGACUAAAAUAGCUAUAUUUAAACGACGAGGGGAAAUUUUCUGACUGGUGGUCAAUAUUAUGAAGAUUUUGGCUUACUUGACCACGAUUUUACUUCUAAAAUACGGAGUUUUGACGGACGCAGCGUACAAUGAUGAGCACUUUACUAACGAAUGGGCAGUGGAGAUCCACGGAGGACCUGAGGUUGCCGAUAUCGUGGCGAGAGAUUUGGGAUAUGUGAAUCGCGGACAGAUUGGGAAUCUAGAAAAUUUUUACCUAUUGGAGCACAGUCGCUACCCCUCGCGGACAAAAAGAGAAGCUCGCCAUAUCACGAAACGACUAUCAGAGGACGAGCGGGUCCAUUGGGUUGAACAACAAUACGCGAGAUUGAGAGUUAAACGAGACUUUAUCGAUGAGGAGUUUCUGGAUGAAAAAAGAUCAAAUGAAGAUUGGAACGACCCUAAAUGGAAACAGCAAUGGUAUCUUUAUGAUGUCAGUAGAGAUGAGAGGGAAACUGUAAAGACGAUGGACCAUAACGUUGUCGGUGUUUGGGACAAGGGCAUCACAGGAAAGGGCAGUGUUGUUUCAAUAUUAGACGACGGUCUGGAAUGGAACAAUACAGACAUCUGGGCCAAUUAUGACCCGUAUGCCAGUUACGACCUCAAUGACAAUGAUGCAGAUCCGUUCCCUCGAUAUGACUCUACAAACGAAAAUAAACAUGGCACUAGAUGUGGAGGAGAGGUUGCAAUGGUGGCCGAUAACGGCUUUUGUGGCGUUGGAGUAGCAUAUGGUGCCAAAAUCGGAGGAGUACGAAUGUUGGACGGGCGCGUGACAGAUUCUCUCGAGGCGAAGGCUAUCUCCUUCAAUUGCACACAUAUCGACAUAUAUAGCGCAUCCUGGGGGCCGAACGAUGAUGGUAAAACGGUCGAGGGACCUGGUAAACUGGCAACUGCUGCUUUUGAAAAUUGUAUCAAAAACGGGCGUGGGGGUAAAGGUGUGAUUUACUCGUGGGCAUCAGGAAAUGGUGGGAGUAGGGGCGAUAACUGUGACUGUGAUGGAUAUACUGGCUCCAUCUAUACGCUGUCAAUUAGUAGCGCAUCUCAGAAGAGGGGGUCCCCUUGGUAUACUGAGAAAUGUGCAUCUUCAAUGGCAACCGCUUACUCCAGUGGAAGUUUUGGCGAGAAGAAAAUCGUUAGCACAGAUCUCCACAACAAAUGCACAGAUUCCCACACAGGUACAUCUGCCUCUGCGCCUAUUGCUGCUGGAAUCUUUGCACUAGUCCUUGAGGCAAACCCGGAUCUGACGUGGAGGGAUAUGCAGCAUUUAGUAGCGCAUACGUCACAAUGCUACCCCCUGAAGGACAAUCCGGGUUGGAAGAAGAACGGCGCGGGUCUUUGGGUUAAUACGCGAUUUGGGUUUGGACUUCUCGACGCUCUAAAUAUGGUAGAGGCCGCGAAUCCAGCUACAUGGAAAAAUGUCCCGGCUAAACAUAUCUGUGAAGUGACCUCAAAGAACGCCAAAGGACUGCCAAAGAAAAUAUCUUCCGGACACGAGGUGAUCGUAGAAAUUGAAACCACCGGAUGUGAAGGCCAAAAUAACUCCAUCAAAUAUCUUGAACACGUUCAAGUCCAGGUGUCAAUGGACUACACAACUCGGGGUGAUUUAGAGAUAUACCUCAUAUCACCCAUCGGAACGGAAGCCAUGCUUCUAUCUAAAAGGAAUGCAGAUAAAUCGACAAAGGGAUUUAGUCAGUGGCCAUUUAUGUCCGUCCACACAUGGGGAGAAGACCCUAAAGGUGUUUGGAAACUAAGGAUUUUAGACAACUCAGUAGACAACAAUGCCGGCCACGUGAAUGAUAUUCGACUUGUAUUACACGGUACCCAAACUAUCCCGGAAUAUGCCACAGAAUACCCCAGAAAAUAUACAAAUGAUUGUGAAUCGAAUGAUUUUGAGGAGGAUAUACGGGAAGGCUUUCUUAUCGCUCUGGAUAAACUCAAAGAAGAUCUAAUGGGAUAUGGCCCCGAAUAUACCCCAGACCCAUCUAUCGACGUCCUUAAUGCAAGGAACCAAGUCAGCCUUGAUCUUCCUGCUUUGAAGGCUUACAUCGAAAAUCACGAACUGCUAAGGGAAGAACAAAAAUCAGAAUUAUUAAAUUAUUUUAUUAGCGACUUAGAAGAUGGGAAAUGAAAUACAAUACUUUGGUUGGAUCAGUUGAGAUAAUCGCUAAAUAUUGUGAUCACCUCUUCGAUCACAUACGACACCCUUUGGUCAUAUUAGAAACACUUCGAUCAUAUAUGACAUGCUUUGGUCAUGCAUCAGAUAUAGACAAAUAGUGUUUAACUAGCGUAUUUAUUUAAUGCUACAUCGAGAUCAAAAACAAUGCUGCUUUAUUUUGGUUAUUUGGUAGAUAACAUUUACGAGCAUCAUAUUUUGUGUACUACUUGCUAGCCAUCAUAACCUGGUAACGUAUCUAAGGCCCAACAUAUUAACCACUUGUUUAGCUGUACUGUUAACAGGCUUUGAUUAACAAGGGCCUCAGAUAGUAUAUUUUAGUAUAAUGCAGUCAUGACAUUGAGAUAAAUAUACAAUAUAUUGGUGCAGUAUGUAAUAUAAAGUUAUCAUUAUACCUCGUAUCAGAGGUGAACAUUUAUUCAGAAUUGUAUAUUUAAUGCUUAAAAGAAAAUAUAAACAAGUUAAAAAUAAUAAAUGCAUACAAAUGCAGGCAUGGUAUGGUUUAAUAAUAAUUUUGACAAAUACGAGGACCACCUCGGUAGGGGCGGACGCAAUACUUGCACCGACUGCUUUCUAGUUUUGUUGUAUACAGUAAUAUUAUUCAU